CUCCUCCAGCAAUGUAUACUCAAUUCUUUUCCCUACUUUUUAUGUCAUGCAGUUUACUUGUAUGUCUGCGCAAUAUAUAAAGAUUACAUCUUUUUGGGGGUUUUUUUCCAAUCAAUUAUAAAACAUGGGAUUGUAAUUGAAUUCUAGAUUCUCAUGUCCGGUUGCCAGUUGAUGAGUUAUUUUGCUUCAGAUAUUCGCAUUUCCUGUAGUUCUUUGGUUGGGUAAGAAGAUGGGUUUUCUUUUGGUAUAGGGGGUUAAUAUUCAGGAUCUUCUGUUGGGAUUGUAUUGUCCAAAAGAGCUAGAUAAUAGUUUGAUGUAGCUUGAGUUUUUAGCUUACUUUAUAAGUUCUUGUUUGAUCAAGGUGGAAUUGGAUAUAGUUUGACAGAAUAUGGACCUAUAACUAGUUCUACUCUUAAUGUAGUUUUAGCCUUUGUGUUGGGUUGUAGUGCUAUUGUUAAACCUUUUGCUGUAAGAAUUGCUUUAAAAUUUUCAUGGCUGAAAAGAUUCCUUGUAUCUCCUAUACAUGGAUUGUGGUAAUUGAUAUGUUGCUGGUAAUUUGCUGUGCAGUUUAGUACUCUGAAGUACUCUGAUCACGCGAUUCUUAGUGCAUAUUACUUGAAUUGGUUCUGCCAUUUCAAUCUAAUGAGAGAAUGGCGAAGCAGCAGCAUAUUGCAAUAUUUACUACUGCAAGUCUUCCUUGGCUGACUGGAACUUCAGUCAACCCUCUAUUUCGUGCUGCCUAUCUUGCGAAAGAUGAGGACAGAAAGGUUACUUUGGUGGUUCCUUGGUUAACUUUAAAAGAUCAAGAGCAUGUGUAUCCUGACAAAAUCACAUACCAUUCACCAGCUGAACAAGAGAAGUAUAUUCGCCAGUGGCUUGAAGAUCGGAUUGGGUUCACAUCAAAUUUUAGAAUAUGUUUCUAUCCAGGCAAGUUCUCAAUCGAGAAGAGGAGCAUUCUUGCUCUAGGGGACAUAACAGAGGUGAUCCCAGAUGAGCAGGCAGAUAUUGCAGUUCUUGAGGAACCUGAGCAUCUUACAUGGUAUCAUCAUGGAAAGAGGUGGAAAAAGAAAUUCCGUUUAGUUAUUGGAGUUGUUCACACCAAUUAUCUGGAGUAUGUUAAGAGAGAAAAGAACUCAUUGCAAGCAUUUCUUGUCAAACAGAUAAAUAACUGGGUAGUCGGCAUCUACUGUCACAGGGUUAUCAGAUUAUCCGCUGCAACCCAGGAUUUACCUAGAUCUAUCAUCUGUAAUGUCCAUGGAGUUAAUCCCAAGUUCCUUCAAAUUGGCAUGAAAAAGAAAGAGCAAUGGGAAAAUGGAGAACAGGCUUUCAGCAAAGGUGCCUACUAUAUUGGGAAGAUGGUGUGGAGUAAAGGCUACAAGGAGCUUCUGAAACUUCUACGUGAACAUCAAAAGGAGCUGGCUGGUCUUGAGGUUGACUUGUAUGGUAAUGGGGAGGAUUCAGCUGAAGUUCAGCAAGCUGCAAAGAAACUAGACUUAGAAGUUAGGGUUAAUCCUGGUCGUGAUCAUGCUGAUCCUUUGUUCCAUGACUACAAGGUGUUUCUGAAUCCAAGUACAACAGAUGUGGUAUGCACAACCACUGCUGAAGCAUUAGCAAUGGGCAAAAUAGUUGUCUGCGCCAACCAUCCGUCAAAUGAAUUCUUCAAGCAGUUCCCUAACUGCAGAACAUAUAACGAUGCUAAUGGAUUUGUAGAAGCUACAAACAAGGCUUUGAAAGAUGAACCUUUACCUUUAACAGAUGAUCAAAUGCACGAGCUUUCUUGGGAAGCGGCAACAGAACGUUUUCUUGAAGCUGCACAACUUGAUGUUUUGCCAGCGAAGAAACUAAAAAAGACACCCUCAAAGCUAUACUUGUCCACCCCAUCUUUCAAUUUGGGGAAGAAAUUAGAGGAUGCAUCUGCAUUGAUGCACUUUGUUGGAACCGGAUUUCUAAAUGAACAACCAGAUGAAGAGCAAUGUAAAGAGCUUGGGUUGGCUUUACCUCAGAAAAAGAAGGUAUAUUCAGCAAAAUGGGGCUUUGAAUGAGAAAACCCAAAGAAAAACUUCGAGUUGGAAAUCUUAGAAAUCCAGAAGGUACCCUCAGAUGCCAGUUUAUUUUAACCUUAUUGUUUCUUGGGUAGCUUCCAUGAUUAACACAGAGAGACUUGGUAAAUUCUGAGUCUUUGGGCGAAAAAGAAAAGGAGCUUAAGAAUCGGUAUGUGUCAGCACCUAACCUGUGCAAAAGUUAAGAAUCUCUUGUCCAAUGUUUUCAUUUUCAUCUAAAAUUGUCAAUGAAGGGCAAUUACACUUGGCAUUUGAGGGUUUGGAUGUCUUUCUGGUUCGCCUUGUACAGUGAUUAUUUGCCAGUGAGGGAUUCAUUUGUGUUUUUCGAUGAUUUCUUUGUUCCUUUAUUUUCUUGUGUGAUGCUUUCCUUGAUUUAAAAUCCACAAACAGGAGCAUUUCUUGAAGAAUUCCCAUCGUCUGAUAGCCUCAACCUUUGUUAUUCAGUAUUAACUUACACUGAAUUUAGCUGCAAUGUUUAUUUCUUUCCCCAGUACGUGUAUAUCUUACAAGAAAGGGUUUUUUUUUUUUUUUUGGUGAAUGGUAUAUUAACUUGUCACAGCUGUGAACUCGAUUUACAACCUGAAUUUUUCUAUUACAUGAACUCCUUUCAAGUUUUUAUACUACUCCCUAAUUUCUACAAGACAGACUUUUCAGAGAGACUAUACUUUUUACAGCUUAUACUCACUUUAUAUUUAACGUCCUGUUUAAUCCUUUCUACUACAUCAUCUACCCUGACUAUUACAGACUCAUGAAAAGCUGCAUUUCUCUGUAUCCAAAUCUGCUACUAUACCCUGACUAUUACCCUGACUGUUUAAUCCUUUCUACUAUAUCACUGCUGCCAUUCUGCUACAUUUCAAGUGUUACAGACUCACUUUAUAUUUCUCUGUAUCCACAUUCGGCAC